AUCCCGUGUUAUAUCAUUUCAGUGCAGUUAGCUAAACUGGUGAGAUAUCAGAUCCCGAAGUUGCCUUAUGGUAAAGGAGUGACGGGUAUGUAGUCUUUUCGAAACCCAAUAUUCUGACACCAUAUUCUUUUAAACUGAUAACACCCGGACAGUGAGCGACUUCAUAAGCCGUAGCAAGGCGGGCGAGGUAAUUUUUCUGACGACUUUAUACUCUUGUACUUUUUUGAAGGCCUGGGGGAAAACAUAACGUUAAGCUAACGAUAAGUAGCCACCAUGGCAUGGGAAGAAUUACCUUGUUUUCUGGCCUCGGCUCUGUGCUCGCCUCUACCCCGUUCUCAUGCUCUCUGAUCCCACUGGACAACAAACAAGCAGAGGUAACUUCGCACUCAGCUGUCAAUGCAGCUAACUGUUAGCAUUAUAAUUUAGUCAACACCAACGGUUUUACUCUAGCUUGUUAGCUUGCGAGCCAUGGCGGACAGCUUUGGUGAACACUCCGGCGGCGGAGCCCUUGGCUUAGGCGUUAACGGACAGGGCAGUGGAUCUUCGUUGUUGCCGACUUUGGCCAAUUCUCUGCCGGGGGGACACUCGGCAGCCAGCGGUGCUCACUCCAGCUCUAACCCGGCCUCCCCUCCUCCCGCAGCAGCCGCACAGAGUGGCCUAACCGCUCUGGUGGCCCCUAUGUCCACUGUCACUGCUACCCCAGCCGCUUUUGGAAAUACAUUCACCCCCGGCUCCUCGCCGCCAGUCGUGGCCAUGUCUCCGACCGUACACGCCUCCUCACCUCUCUCCGGUAUUGGGCUAGGGGUCGGUGGGGUGGCAGGAGCGGGCCUUCUGUCCCAAAUCCACGCCACUUCCUGGGAUCCGACCCUCAGUACGGACUGGGACAACGAGAAGGCUUCCCAGCAGUGCAUUCUGAGGAUAAAGAGGGAUAUCAUGUCAAUCUACAAGGAACCUCCACCAGGGAUGUUUGUCGUGCCUGAUCCUCAAGACAUGACCAAGAUCCAUGCCCUGAUCACAGGGCCGUUUGACACACCGUACGAAGGCGGCUUUUUCCUCUUCUUGUUCCGCUGCCCCCCCGACUACCCCAUCCACCCACCACGGGUCAAGCUCAUCACCACCGGACACAACACUGUCCGCUUCAACCCUAACUUUUACCGCAAUGGCAAGGUCUGCCUCAGCAUCCUGGGGACAUGGACAGGCCCAGCAUGGAGCCCAGCCCAGAGUAUCUCAUCUGUCCUCAUCUCCAUCCAGUCUCUGAUGACCGAGAACCCCUAUCACAAUGAACCUGGCUUUGAACAGGAGCGCCACCCAGGGGACAGUAAGAACUACAACGAGUGUAUCCGCCAUGAAACCAUGAGGGUGGCUGUGUGUGACAUGCUGGAAGGCAAAGUCCCCUGUCCUGAAGCUCUGUGGAGUGUGAUGGAGAAGUCCUUCCUAGAAUACUAUGAUUUCUACGAGGGAGUGUGCAAAGAGAGACUGCAUCUACAGGGACAGAACAUGCAGGACCCAUUUGGUGAGAAGCGUGGUCGUUUUGACUACCAGGGGCUGCUGACUCGCCUCAGUGCCACCCACAGGCGAAUACGUGAGAAAAGCGUGGCGGAGGAGAACCACAACGACGACCAUUCAGACUCAGACACCAGCUCCUCAGGGACGGACCCCGACAGCCAGGGCAGCUCCCAGCCCUGAUUCCCUGCACACUGCUUGACUCAAAGCCAGGCCAAGAACUAAAGACAAAGGGAUCUUUUUUUUUGUUAUGUUUGCACUGGAGGAACAAAAUCACAGAAGAGAAUGCUACGCCCACGUCAAAGUUUGGUGAGUCCAGGGUUCAGGGUUGGAAUCAAGCUUCUGUUGUAUGGAUGUUUCCGAGAGAGAAGAAUUGGUAGUGCCCUCUUGAUGGUGAAAAUGAACGCCACUAGUCAAGUGCUGGAAAAUCUGGCUUGGAGCAGUGUAUUUGUGCUACUUUUGUAGCUAACCAGCUGUCAUUUUGAUGUCCUGAUCCAUUGUAAAAAUUGUUGGCUGCCUAAAUGCCUGUAAGAUGUUGAGAUUAACCAGCCAUUGUUGCUUGUGGAUACAAAAAAAUUGUUUCACGGCUCAAAUCUUUGAAUUGAAUUGAAUCAGAUAUUGGCGGCAGUUCCACUUUGACCCACAAGCCCAAACUAACGCCCUGUCAGUUUUUGUAUUCUCUUUACCUAGGAAAGACUGAUGGGGAUCAACAAGGCCUGGCGCUCACUUUGGCUUUGAAGUCGGGGCAGGUUUGGGUCAGACAAAGGGACCUUAUACUGGGAGAGUCUGAGUUAGCUAGAGCAGUGGCAGGUGAUAGUGUUUAUGAAAGCAGGCUUUCCUUUAAAGUAGCUCUAUCUUUUUUUAAUUCAAGAGGUAGGAAGCAAAGACAGACCUUUUAACAAAAGGAAGGUAGUUGGAGGAAGUGGCAAGGCUUUAUAUCCCCUUGUCUUGUCUCCUCUGUCUUGGUUUAUCCUCAUCCGCCUCUAUAACCAGGCCACAUAAAACAUCAGCAGCUCGCUAGUCUGAACACAAUGAUUCCUGUGUAUUAUACAAAGAGUUCUUUCAGUUCUAAUAGUGCUGUUGAAUUGACAGUAAAUCUUUCUACCAGAUACAAAGCCGCUAGAGAAGUGUCGCUUUCAUUGACCUCCACUUUUAUACCCUUUGUUAUGCAUUUUUUUUAAACUAAUGCUAAUUUGUCAGUUUGUAGGGUGCAUUGUUUUUUUGGAAACCCUGCUGUUCUUUGGGUUGCUGGCACUUCUGAUUAACCCGUCAAGAUAUAAACCAAACUAUCCCAUGCUUUAGCUACAUCCACCCGGGCUCGGGGGAACUAAUAGAAGCAAGGAAAAUUAACUUUCCAUGUGUUCACACUGCAAGUAACUCGAGACUUAACACUCGCGCUGUUGUGUCCGUAUGAGGGCCUAAACCAAAGGCUUUGGUUGCAUCUGUACCAACGUAUAAACAGAAGGCAAAUCAAGCCUUUUACUACUUUGGUAUCAGUUUCUUUAAUUUGAAUAGUUUGAGGGGGAAAAAAACGAUAAACCCUGUACUCCACUACUGUAACCAAUAUUCGUUUGUCAUUUCAGGUGCAUGCUUUUCACCACUAGAUGGCAGGCUUGACACAGAUUUGGGUUUGGGUUACAAAAUCGCAGCAAUAGGGGAAGUAAGGCAAUGAAGAAAUCUGAAUAGCCCACCCUUUUUCUACAGUUUAUUUUGUCUACGUGCACAUGGGCAAGUUUCACUCACCAACGACACAGGAAAUGAAUGGACUUGUUGUCAGCAUUUCUUGCAGUGUGAUCACAGCGAGGAACAAAAGAGAAGGGAGCAGAGUUUUUAGGAGUUCAUGAGUGGAGAAAACACUCCAAAGGGAUAGAGUCCAUCUAAAUACUUAGUACUCGUUGAAUGUGUUAUUGGUUGCUGUGAUUAUUCCACCUUUUCAUACUGGCUGUGAAAAGAUCCCUUUCUAGUGUCUUAACUGUAAGAAACCGUAAGAAAUGGGUCUAAAACUACAGUCCUCAUUCAAGUUCAGCCGUGCGAGUUACACAAAUCAAGUGGGUAUGUCCGUCCUGUAGUCGGGUGUAUGUUUAUUGCUGUUUUCGUGCCAGGAAUGAUCUGAGUUAUGGUGGUUCCAUGCUGGAUACAUUAUCAGUGGGAAGUGGAAUUUUGUACUAAAAGGACUGUAACAUCAGAAGAUACCCACUUGAUUUGACUGGCUCAGAUUGCUGAAGCCUAAAAGGAGCUUCAUGUUAAUGUUCAAUGCAGAAAUGCAUUGCAAAGCAUUUCUGCACUGAACAUUAAGAAGGGAUCUCUUCCCAGCCAGUAUGGAGAGGAUUCAUUAUUAUACUGAGUAACCAGUACCAGUAACUCUUCCAGAGUACAUACAGGUUAGCUAAGCAUAAAGACUGGAUACAGCUCACUAACUAACACAAUAUAUGUCCUUUGUUUAAUCUCUACAAAACAAAAGUGUAAAAAUGAUAAUUUGCCAUUUUACAGGGGGAUUAUGUCCCAAGAAAUAGUCCCGUACAUAACCAACCAUAAAACUUUGGUUUCACACUUCUGUUUUUUUGUAGGGAUUCAACAAUGAGCCUGUCAAAAUGAUACUACAUUUUAAUGAGUGAGCGUUAGAGGUGAUGGUAGGAGGACUUUGAUACUUUUGGACAGAGCCAGGCUAGUGUAAUUAUAUGUGCUAAGCUGUGCUUUAGUCGAUAUGAGAGUAGUAUCAAUCUUCACGUUAUACGCUUCACCAGGAAGGGAAGAAGUGUAUUAGCAAAAAUGUUAAACUACUCCUUUAAGUCUGAAUACAUACACUUUACCUUUUAGCAUACCACCCUUCUUGUACUCUUUUCAAGAAGCUUAUUCAACAUGGUGAGACAAAUGAAUGACUUUUGUGCUUGUUCUGUUUUUGCCUGUUCUUUUCUGCCUUCCAUUAGCUCUCUACAGCCAUGUUGAUUGGGGAGAAGAGCAGUUUGCCUCUGCUGUCAAUGUUCUGUCAAACCCUGGUCCAGUGGCAGAGGUUAGGUUGCUAAAGAUUCAAAUGGGAUUACUAAUAUAGGGCAUUCCUUUUUAUUAUGUUAUAGAAUGGUUAUAUGAGAAGCAGCUCCUUGCAGAAUAUAUGUGAUUGCCAAAAUGUUGAUUGCAACACACUUCCUGAAGUGGAAGUGAAGAGAUCCUCUCCCUGUUUGGUUGUGUUGUGUAACUUGUGCUUAAUGCAGGGUUCUUCUGUGGCGCUAUAAUGCCCGGAUUACUGACAGAAGAUAUCAUUUCCAGGUCUAGAAAAUGUUGGUAUUGUACAGAAGUUCUGAAAAAAAUACAGAAUAAAAUGUUGUUUAGUCCUGA